AUGGCGAAGUCCAAAAAAUCUAUGAAGCCAAAGAAAUUGACCUCGUUUCCCGUAUUCAAGAAGCUUGCGCCAGAACUCCGAGAGAUGAUUUGGGGUUUUGCGCUUCCUGAAGCCAACAUGGUUGAUAUAUCGCUCCAAGAUUUUGACCGAAAGCUCUCUGAGGAUAAAUGGGAGAGGGUUAAGGUAUAUAGUGCGUCUUAUACCGUUCCGGCCAUCUUGCAGACCUGCCAAGAGUCUCGGGGUGUAGCCCAGAAAUUCUACAAGAAGAUUUUUGAAGUCAAGUUCAGUGACAGGCCUGUCUGGUUCAAUCCUUCUCGAGACAUCCUGCAGCUCCGAGACACCGAGACAAUGGAUGCCCUUGGUCUCUGGAGUAUCGACGAUUUUGGCUUUAUGUACCACAUUGAUGAGGAAUUCAAUGCCCCAUUCCCCCAUAUUCGCCGCUUGCAGUUUCCGUCUGAUUGGGAUGCAAACCAUCAGAGUUAUUUGAAACCGAUCAUGGUGGCAUUUGGAAAGCCUGAGCUUAUAGUUCUUCACAAGCCGAACAGUCGCCAGAAGUUCCCAAACCGGAACUUCAGUCGACUUAAACAAGCAGUGGAAGCGCUUUCGGGUGACGACAAAGAUGAUUACAAGCCUGAACUUCAUUGUCUUACCAAAUAUCAGUUGAAGAGAAUGAUUAAGAAGAUCGACCACCCCCCUCGAUGCAAGAAGGCAAAGGCUCCAAAUAUUGUCCUGUCAACCACUCGCCGCUCCGACCGUUUCGUCGAAAGACCUCUGAGCUACUAUGAAGGCGGAGAAGAAGUCGGCGAAGACGUGUAUAGUGACAACGAGAGUGUUGGAGAAGCGGACGAUAAUGGCAAUGAGGAUAACUCUGGCAAUCAUGAAGGCUAA